AAUCAAUCCCAUGAAGGCGUGUUCGACCUCAGGCCUAGUGUCACUUGUAUAUCGCGCACAUGGUGAGCACUCUAUUAUAGUCUGUCGCAGGGCAGCUUCAACCGCCCCUCUCUAGACUUCACCGCCAGAUACACCCUUCAUCGUCGUUUCGAUUGAGUCAGUCUGCACAAUGGAUCCCUCUAAGCUUCCCCCGGAGGUACUUGCGAACCAGCCUGCCUUUCCUCCUCCAUUAGGAGUAAAACCCAACUUCGACAACCCGUCCGACACGUUGGCAGACCCACUCACUAUCGUGAAUGGAGUCUUCGUGGGUUUGGCUUUCGCAAUUGUAGCAAUGCGGCUCACUACUCGGAAAUUCAUCUGUCGUCAAGGACUAGCUUGGGACGAUACUCUAUGUGCGGUCUCGAUGCUCGGAUCUAUAGCCCAUACGACGCUCUGUCUUAGUAGUAUCAACAUCGGAUACGGCCGUCACUUCUGGGACAUACGCGCGAUUAGCCUGACAGAGGCAAAGAUCAAGAGACUGAGCGCUAUCGAUAUCAUCUACGGCAUCGUUAUGUAUUUUAUCAAGAUGUCCCUGCUGCUACUCUACUAUCGGCUGUUCCAGGUCUACUCAUCAUCGCGCAAACUAGUUCUCGGGGGUAUCUUCAUGUGCACGUUGAUAUCGCUGCCUUACGUCGGAGUCGCCAUCUCGCGUGUUGUCAUAUGCUCGAGUUUUAAGGUUAAUCUAGAACAUCUCACAUACUGCUACACUAAGCCUGUCAAUACCGCCGUCGCGACUUUCGGAGCAGCGAAUGUUAUCAGCGACUUUUACAUACUCACGAUCCCCAUCGCUCGUGUACGAAGCUUAAGUAUUGAUUCAAGGGCGAAGAUGGGUCUAGCGGCGAUCUUUACGGUCGGUCUUACUGCUUGUCUCAUGAGCAUUGUGCGACUUAUCUACGUAGGCGUCAACUUCAACAAAUCGGAUCCCUUCUAUCGUGGCGCAGCAACCUCCAUUUUCAGUGCCGUCGAAAUGAAUCUAGCAAUAAUAUGCAGUUGCUCAACUGCCUUUCCAUCCUUCUACCGCCGCGGAAAAGAAGUCAUGAGUCCCCUUCUUCGCUCUUUCAGCCGAAGAACGGGCUCUAACGGCAGUCGAACAAAGCAGGAAAAUCUCGGCCACUUUGAGCUUAAUGUCCAUGGUAUGCUGGAUGAUGACUCCGUCAUGAAGGGUAGCUUGGAGCCUAUCGUUCAACCUAUUGGAACUCCUCAUACUCCCGAGAAGCCUCCUCGUAUUUUGACACUGAAUAUGACGAGGGCGACGAUUGAUGUUGAGAAAUAAGGAAACGAAGGAGGCCUCGAGGGUUCGAAUGCGUACAGCUCCUGUGAUUUUACAGACGGAAGGACAACUUGUGGCCUAUUACGAAGUAGGUGUCGGGAUGAUCUCACUCUUCUGGCCUCGACAGUAUCACUACACAGAAUAAUUUGGAGAACCAAGAGAUUACGUUCCAUUACUCCCGCUAUUCCUAUUCAAAAGGCCUCCUGAAACAUGUAGAAAAUUUAGGGAUUCCGCUUUUGCCUUUGCGGGGCAUUCAUUCAGUAGUUCGAAUGAGACAUAGAAUCGAAU